UGACGAAAAUUUGAAGCGUUUAUUAUUAGAUUCUCCCGGGUUUUGAGAGAGAGAGAGAGAGGGAGACUGUGUGUUAAGGCUUGGCGAUCGCGAUCUCGGCCGUUGGAUCUCGAAGAUGGCGGCGGCGAUCGGGAUGAUGGACGGAGCGUAUUUCGUCGGGAGGAACGAGAUCCUGUCGUGGAUCAACGCCACCCUCCAGCUCAGCCUCUCUCGCGUCGAAGAGGCAGCAUCUGGUGCUGUCCAGUGCCAAAUGAUGGACAUGGUCCAUCCUGGGAUUGUUCCCAUGCAUAGGGUAAAUUUUGAUGCCAAGACUGAGUACGACAUGAUUCAAAAUUACAAGCUUCUGCAGGACGUGUUUAACAAGCUGAAAAUAGAAAAGCACAUUGAAGUCAACAAACUUGUUAAAGGACGGCCAUUGGACAAUUUGGAGUUCCUACAAUGGCUGAAGCGCUACUGUGAUUCUGUAACUCAUGGAAUUAUGAAUGAAAACUACAACCCUGUCGAGAGACGAUGCAAAGGAGGGAAGGAGCGGAAGGGUUCUCAGAAGUUCUCCAAAUCAUUGCCACAUAAUAGCCUACCAAAUCGUGUUUCCACAGAUGGUGCAAAGCAAGUUUCCCCAAUAGCUAAUGAGGAAAUUUACGUAAGCCAAAUAAGGGAACUAUAUCAGAAGAUGGCAGAUAUUAAUCUAUCAUUGGGUAACAUGGAGAAAGAAAGAGAUUUCUAUUAUGAGAAGUUGCGGGACAUUGAAAUACUUUGCCAGAGGCCUGAAUUGGAGUAUCUACCAAUGACGAGAGCAAUCAAGAAGAUACUUUAUGCCGCGGAUGCCAAAGGCUCCCCUCUUCCUGAAGCUCAAGAUCUGAUAAGCAGAUCAGUCAGUGAUGAUACAGAGGAGGCAGAGGAAAGCACAUGAGAUAUUUCAAAUCCGCUCCCCUCCAUAUCUCAUUAGAUAGUUGAUGACCCUCAUUCUGUACAGGACUUAAUAAAAAGCUGCAGUUGGUAGACGUGUCAAAAAUGUUUCGUUCUCUGCUUAAUCUUUCUGACAACCAUUUUUAAAACUUAACCAACAUAGUGCUGAAACUAGGUUCCUUUUAUCAUUGGUGUUGUUUAUGCUGACAGCUGUGCCGAUGCACUGUGUCUUUCAAAUUUAUGACAUUGCAUCGUUAUAUA